AUGCGCCUAACCGGGAGCGCUGUCUCCAGACGCUCUUCGGCUUGCCCGACGCGUUCGUCCUCGGAGCAGUAUAUUCAGCGAGUUGGUGGGAACGGGCCGGUGGUCGCGUACGUAUGCAAAGGGGUUUGCAAGGCCCUUUGGGCGGCAUGCUCUCCACGUGCGGGUUUGCCGUUCGCGGACCUCUUAGCGGAGGAGGAGUCCAAAACAAUAUGCAAGAAUGUUGCCCUGCCGCAAAGCGCCGUUCAAAUCAGGGAGGCCAGGGACAGCCAGUGCAUCGGCAGACUAAUCACCCUCUCGGAAGCUGACGUUGCCGAGAUCAACUGGCUGCUAGGAGGCAGGGUAAAUUGGCACUUCAUCAAGCUGAAAGGCUACGCUAUCGCAAUCAUCCUCCUAAUCGCCCUGCUUGCGGCGGGCAUGGUGUACACCAAAAGAGGGUACGCCGACCGCAGGCGACGCGCCAUCGAGCGGAAAAUCGCCGAGAAGGAGUCCGAAUCCUUCCUGGAGCUCAACGUCAAUAUGUACUAG